UACAGAAAUACUUUUGUCCAGAAUGAACCGUCCAACUGAAGCAGAGAGAUGAAGAACAUGAACAGAAUCAUCAGUUUUAUGGUUUAUGGUCUGUUUUUGUGCUCCUCGGUUUUCUCUAAUGAUGGUGGCGGUGAAGACGUCAACAUGGAGCUUGUUAGUCACGAGGUUUGAAUGUAGAUUUGUUUCCCUACGGUGGCCCGUACGGUCAAACACAACAGAAAAGUGCGACACGCUAUUUCAAAUCUCACAACACACCAGAAAAUUGUGACACGCUAUUUCAAAACUCACAACACACCAGAAAAAUGUGACACGCUAUUUCAAAACUCACAACACAACACACCAGAAAAUUGCACGCUAUUUCAAAACUCACAACACAACACACCAGAAAAUUGCGACACGCUAUUUCAAAACUCACAACACAACACAUUAACUCACAACGGAAAUACGACGGACCAUAUUUUCUGACGGACCGUUUUGAUUCCGACAGCGGGCUCUGGGAGAUUUCAAUGAGAGUAAAAUGUACUGUCCUUUUUGUGGAUCUGGCCUGCAUUCACAAAAUGCAUUCUGCAGUUCAUGUGGAAAAGACAUCAAAUUCUUGCAUGAUGCUGAUAAGCCUGGCACAAGUGGAGGUCAUGAAACUACAAUGGUGGAUGAACUUAUCCAUAAGUAUUUCACAGAAGGCCAUACUUAUGAAAUAAUACUCGACUUACUGACAACUAAGCACAACAUUUCAAUGAGUCUUGGGACUUUAAAAAGAAGACUACAAGAUGCAGACCUAACCAGGAGGACUAACUACACUCCAAUUGCUACUGUGCGGGCAGCUAUUUCAGAAGAAAUUCAGGGAUCAGGCAAGCUCUUAGGUUACCGAGCGAUGUGGCAGACUCUGAAACAGAAGUACUCUUUUACAGUAAGAAGAUGUGAUGUGAUGCACCUGAUGGGAGAACUGGACCCGCUGGGGAAAGAGAAACGUUCUAGACGCAAGUUUGUCCGAAGAUCAUACCACUCAAAUGGACCCAAUGAGGUCUGGCAUGUUGAUGGGUAUGACAAAUUGAAACCUUUUGGAAUUGCCAUAAGUGGCUGUAUUGAUGGCUUUUCCAGAAAAGUUUUGUGGCUCAAAUGCGGGAAGUCCAACAAUGAUCCUAGAGUCAUUGCUCAAAAUUACAUUGAGUGUGUCGCUGAGUUUGGAGUUUGUCCAAUGCGGCUCCGCACUGACUGUGGCACUGAAAAUGGACUGAUGGCAGCGCUUCAUUGUUCUUUGAGAUCUGAGCAUACAGAUGAGUUUGCAGGAGCCAAAAGCCACAUGUAUGGGACUUCAACAUCCAACCAACGCAUUGAAAGCUGGUGGUCCUACUUUCGCAAACAAAGGAGUCAAUUUUGGAUGGAUCUAUUCAGUGACUUGAGGGAGAGGCAUCUGUUCAAUGGCAGCUACGAACACACAAAUUUGCUGCGAUACUGCUUUUUGGAUGUCCUGCAGAAAGAACUGAAUGAAUACAAGCAGCAAUGGAACACUCACAUUAUUCGUCCAGUUCGGCAAUCCAGAUGCCCAUCUGGAAGACCAGAGGCAAUGUACUUUUUGCCUAACAGGUUUAAUGGGAGGAACUGUGGAUUUCCAUCAUCAACCCAAGUUCUUAGUCAGCUUGAAAGCCUCAUGCCAGCACCAGCAACUCCUGAGGGAGAUAAUGACCAGCAAACCCACUACGAACAAUUACAAAGACAAAGUGGUUUGACACCACUUCUUCAGUGGGAAUCUGCUGUAGAGACAUACAUCACCUUGAAGAACAUGGCUGAUAUUUAAUAUAUACUAUUUGUCCGGUAAUCCUUUAAAGUACACACACCAAAGCUUUCAGAGAUUUAACAGAAGAGCCUGAAGUCAAAGAAUUUUAUUUUUUAAAUUUUCAGCAAAACAAGCUGUCUUCAGUGCCACUUAAAUGUACAUUAAAUGUAUACUCAAAAAAAUACAACAAAUUAAAGAAUUCGGCAUUAUUGCUACAAAAUCAUAAAUUAGACUUCCACCUUACUUUCCUGACGUUUAGUACGGAAUAUGUUCCAAUACUGAUUUAAAAAAAGAAAAGUUAUGUCCUCUAAACCCAGCUGCGUCACAAAGACCACAUGACAAAAACAAGGACAUUAGCAAAACAGGUCCAAAAUUCUGGCCAAUGCUAUAAACAUAACUAAAUCUAAAUAUUUUUUUCCUAACAUGAAGUAGAACAUGUACACAGUUUGACAGUCUAGUGACCAGACUAGACUAACCUACUUUGUGUCUACCUUUUACAGGUUUGUUUCGAAGGAGAAAGUGCUAUUUAAAAGCACCCGAAGCCUGGGGAAUUCUUUAUCCCAAAGUCCAUGUUGGCCUUGAAGAUGGUAUAAUUGUCCAGAAGUGGGAGCUUUAGAGUGUUGGCACAUGUGUUUGCCAUAGGAAAGUCUGAACUGGUGAGAAACUGAAGGCAUGGCUGAGGAUCCAUGCCAGCAGGAGGUAUGUGUGGCACACCUGUCGCGAACAUGAAGACCUCCUCCAGUGUUGCUGAGCUGUUGUUUUCUGUCAAAGCAUUGAAAGGGAUCAACGGAAACUUGUUUCCACUAUGAAACUGGGAUUAAUAUUUGUGUUGACAGCUGGACAAUUAAAAGGACACUGACUAACCUUCACAAUCAAGAAGAUAGUCAGCCCAGAAACUUCUUGCUUUGUCCUCCUGGAUCCUCCUGUUGCUUCCUUGUGGACUAAGUUGUGGCUGAAACAGGUUUUCAAUUUCUGCAGCAGAUAAUCUGUCAUCCAAAUGGCAGAGAAUGGGGGCCAGCACCGUAGGAUGCUGCUGCAGUGCAGUUAGAAACUGCAACUUGGAAAGGCCAUCCUUGAAUCUAAAAAACAACAACAGGUUGCUGUUUGAGUUAUACGUAAAUGAGACAAUGACACAAUGUUUUGUUGCAGUAAU